GAAUGCCAUUUCCGACGUAUUCGCCACAAGUUCUCCGAAGGAUCAACUUGUCUUCCUCUGUGUUCGAAUCCAACCUAACCAAUCACCUUACAUAGAGACGAUCGUAAAUGCAGAUUUUGGUUCAAAGAGAUCUAGCGACGGAGUUAGGAACGAAAAAGUUCAGUGGACUCAAGUAAUCAUCGGACAAAAUCAGGACAUUGACGGUACUAUUACAACCGACUUCCCAUUUUACGGAAGGAUUUCGAACUUAAACAUUUGGUUUAACUCUCUCACUGAUGACCAUAUUACAAAUUGGUACAACAGUGGUAAAAAACAUUACAAACCCAACAUUCUUAAAUGGCCGGACCUCGGUUCUUCAUCCAAGAGAUUUGGAGACGUUCAUUUUGUAAAGGUGACUUCUGCUGAGAGACGGUGGUAUAACGUUUCGGUCGGUGACGUGGAUGUAAAAAGUACAACUUAUGUUGUUGCAACGAAAACUGUUGAAAGUGGAUCCGGAGUAGUUAUCGAAGUUGAGCGUCAGUCACUACUCCCUUGUACUGGAAUAAAUGCAAUUGAUUCGUCCACAGUUGACGGCGUGUUUAUAUCUGUAUCUGGAAGCUGGAAACGAAUCAAAUACAAGCAAACGUUCUUGGAAACUCAGAAAUGUUUUGCAAUUUUUGGAAGCGUUCCUGACUGGGCCAGUGGUUUAUAUACUUCCGCUGUUUCAGAAUUCGACCUUGAUCUGGAUGAGCUUUGGAAAGAAGAAUAUCUCAGCCCAGAGGAUUGUAACGCUAAUCCUUGUAAAAACGGUGGAACGUGUGUAGAGGCACCCAGUGCACAAACCUACACAUGCAACUGUACGGAUUCAUUCACAGGAAAAAAUUGUUCAGAAUCAAUAGCGGAGGAGCAGAGUACGGACUACAACGCGGCCCCCACUGUAGCGAGCCUUAACAGAGGUAAUGGAGAACCUUUGAAUCAAAAUGACUAUGACUUUGAGCUUGUCUUCAGAAAAACCCAGCAAACGAACUAUGUGAAACACGAUAUGAAUAAGAAGUGGAUUGAACGCUUUACUGUCUGCGCCUGGAUACACACACCUGAUAUACAACAGGAUCAAAAUAUGACUGUAAUAAGUAUAUUGACCGAGAAGAAUGGUGGCAAUCGAAACGUUAUGACCGUGAGGAUCGACGGAAAAGGGAAGAUCUAUUUUUCAAUCGGAAGUGACUGGUGAGGA